AUGGAUUUACUCCAUUGGCCAGGAGAUUAUGGACUGGCAUCCAUCGAUGUCGAUUGCCUACAUGUUAUGGAAAGAGAUUUGGAAGAGGGUCUGGAUGGUAAAGUCCGGGCGGAUAUUUUAGCCUUUACAACAUUGGUAGAAACGAAAUUAAAGCCAGCCGUGUUAUAUCUAAGCUGGGUAGAUAGUGAAAAUUUUACAAAGGUAUCAAGGAAAUGGUACGCAAACGUUCUUCCUUUUCCAUUAAAUUAUGUUGUUCCUGGUAAAUUACAUAGGCAAGCUAAUAGUUACGUAGAGGCUUCAUACAAUUUAGAUGAAAAGGCUAUAGGUAUUCAGGUUCUCAAUACAGCUAAAUGUUGUAUUGAUUUGUUAGCUGAUCGACUAGGCGAAUUAAAUUUUUUUUGUGGUAAUCGGCCAACAUCACUCGAUGCGAUAGUUUACGCAUAUCUCGCAAUCAUUUGUAAAAUUCAGCUUCACAAUAAUAUCCUAAAGCCUCAUUUACAGCGUUAUCCUAACCUUAUCAAUCUAGUCGAUCGAAUUCACAGAAAUUAUUUCCCUUCUAAAGAAGAGCCAUCCACGCCUUCUGUAAGUAGCAGCGAUUUUAGACUAGUAGAUAAACUAUACUUUGCUGGAAUGGCUAUUGGUGCUACGUUAGCGUACACUGUUUUAAGUGGUUUCGUAACUAUUGCUGCUGUUGAUGAAGAUGAAGAUGAAGAUGAUAUGGUUGAUUUUGAUGAUGAGUGA